CUGACUGAAACCAAAACAUCUGCAGAUCUGACCCACUCCUGCAACAGCACUCAAAUGGCCAUGAUUUUGAAGCCCUGGACAGUCCUGGUGGCUGUAGCUCUGUGUGUACUCAUGUGUCUGAGUACUCUGUCUGACGCCUACCCCCCCAAACCAGAGAACCCCGGAGAGGACGCCCCCCCAGAGGAGCUGGCCAAGUAUUACACCGCUCUGAGACACUACAUCAACCUCAUCACCCGGCAGAGGUACGGAAAACGUUCCGCUCAGGAAGACGUGGUGGCUGAGCUGCUGUUUGGGAGUGACAGCAGAGAUCAAAGGUCACGAUAUGAUGACUCCUUCAUGUGGUGACUUCAUUGUGCUCUUCCUCUGGGCGUUCCC